UUGAUGCCGUCUACGGCAGGUCGCCGGAUUCGCAAGCCUCAGCCAGAGACUGCUGCAAUUUGAACUCGACUAUUUCCUGCCCAACGCCGUCCAACCCUGCAAAAGCCGCACCAUUUACAGAUAAGAAUCGGGACAAUUCGCUUUGCUUAUACCAGAGCAGGAGCUUAAAGGAACACCACCCAUAUUUUUCAAAUGAAGCGUGUUCGAGAAGAUUUGCAUAAUUGGCUUAACUAUUUGACCAUCUAGUGUGAAGACCGUAGCUCUUUAUUUUAUCUAGCCAAUGGACUGCAGAGACAAUAAAGUACCGCCUCAAGGUGAAACUGUUCAGAUUCUAGUUGAAUUCUUGGAGGUGGCCAUUACAUCUAUUGUCUUCCUCAAAGGCAUUUACCCUUCUGGUGCUUUUGAAAGAAGAAGGUACAUGAAUGCGGUGGUUCAGAUGGCUCGUCAUCCUGAGCUGCAGGAUUACAUCCACUCAACUGUUUCAGGGCUAGUGCCUUUCAUCCAAAAGGGGCUGGUAGAGAGAGUGGCAGUUAUAUUCUUCAACGGUGAAAAUAUCCCAGUGGAAAGUUUUAUUUUCAAGCUCAUGGUGAACCAGUCUUAUGAGUCAAAGGUCGAGGAUUCCGAUCUAGAGUUUGCCUUAAGAUCAUUCUUGAUCAAGCUCUCUGUCUCUGGACCUUUAACCAAGGUUCUUCCUCCUGAUUGCAGAUGGGAAAUAACUGCCUACUUCAAAAUGCUCCCAAGUUCCAGCACAAGUAAGGAUGCAGAGUUAUGGAUUCCAACGGAUACAAAGCAAUGGCAACAACCACCAGUAAUCACCCCCAUCAAGUCUAUGAACAGCCAACCUCUGAGUUUGCAGUUAUAUCUAGAACAUCCUAGCUUAUCUGAGCCAAAACCUUGAAGAGGGACAGGGAGGAUUACUGUGAAAAGAUUUUGCCUAGAUUUUUCAAAUGGAAGGCUUCUUCAGCUUGUAUUUUAGAUCAUGUGGAGUCUCCUACAACAAUUGUUCCUUUAGCACAUGGGUUUGGAUGAAGGUGACAUAAACUUGAAUUCCAGGUCACAUAUGAGGAUUCAAGUAAGAGAUCUGAAAACAUAUGUCAGAACCCAGAAACCAUUGUGUAAGAAUGGUUGACAAGGUUGGGUCCAUUAUGAGGCAGAAGUUGGAGUUAGAUCUGAUGCAGUGAAAAGAAAAAGGGGUUGCUGUUGCUGUUUGUUUGGUAGAUUAAUGAGAGACAUCAUGGGGUUGGGGUUCGAGGGUGGAUCCCAGGUUGUCAGGCCUGCUGCUGCUCCUGUGGCUGUCUUCAUUCAUGAUGGCAAUGACAUAACUUCCAUCCCACUCUCUUUUCUUUUUUUUAGCUGAGAUGUAAUGAGUGAAAAUCAGAGAUGAAUAUGGAUUCUCUGAAACCUUUCAGACUCUCGGAGAAUAGUAAUAGUAAUAAUAUGCUGACACUUCCUUUUCUCUUCUCCA